AUGCCUCACCUCGACCCAACUUCCGAAGCGUAUGCUGCCCGCUACUACCGUCUCCUAGAGGUCCUCAAGACCGAGGGACUUGUCGAGCCGCGAUACGAUGCCAACAGUCCCGGAGAGUGGCUGGCUUGGGCCCACGGAGUCCGUUGGAUGAUUCGCUUCUUGUUCGAGUCCCGUAGCCAGGCCAUCCUGCUGGCAAACGAUACACUUCCUGCUCCUAGGUCGUUCCCCGAGAUCGACGAGUUGAUGCGUUACCUCAACGAGGUCUUUCACCGCGAUGGCAACCAGGGAGAUAUCCUAGGUUCGCCCUACCCUACGAUCGCCUGGUCCGAGACCUUGGUGCUGCUCGAACAAGUCAACCAGGCCGAGCGUCGUCCUCUCGCGAACCUGCAGUAUCAGCGCGAGUCGUUGAUCCUGUCCGACUUUCGCCAGCUGCCCGACAACCUCGAGUCCAUGGGUCAAGCGAUUCACAACAUCGCAGUCGACCAGCACCGCAUGCACGGCACCCUCAUCGGGUUGCUCGAAAGCCUGCUCGAGCGCGUCAACACUGACCGUGGCUUCGACACCGACCACGGAGAGGAGGAGUGCCGCGAAUCUCAAGUCAGCCCUGUAUGGGCGACGCACUCUUCACAGCGCAUACGGGUACAGGCCACCCGGAACGUGCCAUAUUCAAGUCCAGGUCUUCAGGGCGGACACCCUCACAAACCCAUUGGCUGCCCUCGAGGAGGGAUCCAAUUUGUGCUGGAAGGCGCUACAUCAAGCCGCAGGAAGGCCUCGGGAUGGGACACACUGUCCACUCCUGCGCAAGUGGCUACCAGCUCUGUAUCAUCAUUCCUCAUGCAUCUCACCUCCAACCUUCCGCUCGAGCAGGUCCUUGAAACAGCAUCGGUGAUCCGGCGAACGGCACCUGCCCUUGAGGGUACCACAUUCCAGCCGGGCGAGUCAUUUCCCGUACUAGCAGCUCGAUGUGCAUUGAGCCUCACCCUCGACGCUGCCGUGUCUUUCUGGACCAUGGUGAACUUCAUACAGCUGGCUUUCCGAGUAUCAAGUGAGCUUCGGAGGAACAAGCAACAAACCGUGGCCAGAAUAUGGUGUCACAAGCUCAAAGACAUCAAGAAGGGCCCUAAGCCUAAGAAGAGAACAUUUCAAGGCUGGUGUUCCAAGGGCGUGAAGUUUGCUCGUGUUGCCGGCGGAGGUUCAAUAUACAUCUUGGUAUUAAUUGCCCUACAAGGCCUGAGAAAGCCCUUUGGGGAUUGCGACAGACACUUGGCAGAGGCCGUGGGCAACAUGCUCAGAUGCCCAGAUGAUUCAGCAACUGGACAGAUUAUAACCAACAUCAUUGUCCCCUACAUGGUGCAGCUUAGACAGCAGUACCUGGACACCUCUGACAAGGACUUCAACUCACUGCGAACAAACACUUUCCGUCUUCUGCCAAGGUUGAAGGCGAAAUGGCACCCCUGCUACGAUCCAGUUGCGGCAACAGAGACAGCGGACAUGGUGAAUGCACUUGCCGUGCAGGCUGCCUCCCUUGCCAGCCCGUCCGGGUCAACACUGACAACGUCAGUGCACCAGAUUCAGAGCCAGGGCUGA